UCUGCCUAGUAAUCCACUGAAUGGUUCAAACCUAAGAUCCUCUUUCGCAACGAUAAACUGCCUGUGAAAAACGACCCAGAAAGAAAAACGAGGCGCUCAUUAUUCUGAUCAAAUCACAGUGCCAAUCUGCAUCUUACGACACCGUUUAUAGGAUUCGCCAUGGGCCAACUCAUCGGCACACUUCAGGGCAAGCAGAGGAGACACAGGCAAAUAAGAUUGAUAUCGGACAAGGUUUUUAAUCGCAUAAAGAAUGAAUCAGGAAGGCCUGGUCUGUCUUUUGAGGAUUUAUACAUUGCUGUCCUUCUUAUCUACAAUGAUAUCAAUAAGCGAUUGCCAGGUCCCCAUUUUGAUCCACCCACCAAAGAUCAAGUCAGAGCCAUGAUUCAGGAGUGUGAUAUCAACCUUGAUGGGGAAAUUGACCACGAAGAAUUUGUGAAGUUUAUUCAGCAGCUAACAACAGACACCUUUGUUGUUGUUAGUCAGGGACUGAUACUAACCUUAAUUGUCGCACCCACACUUGCAAUGACAACAAAGAGGGCUACAGAGGGUGUCCCAGGAGUUGGAAAGUUGAUUCAAAAACUACCCAAUUCAAUAUAUGCAUCCCUCGUCACUCUUGCAAUCGUGUGGUUCCAAAAUGCUCGCCAGGACCUUGACUAAAGACUUCAGUUCUAUUCAUCCAAAAUAUUAUCUACUUAUGGAAUGGACUGUUGUAAUUGUUUAUAUCUUUUAAUAAUUAAGACCACAAAGUUGCUGCUUAUGGUCAAGUUAUUGGUUAGUCGGCCUGCUGUUAAUUAGUUAGCUUGUAAUGCAUUUUCGAGAUAUGCAAUCUACAAAUUCCCUUUCUGCUUA